CGGACGCGGACUCAGCCCAACUUGCAGUUACCCACUUCGUCUUUGACAGUCGAGUAAAUAGCAGCCAACUCCAACUAUGCUCAUCUCUAAUUCUUAAACCCUGUCUCUGUUCCGUCCCCUUCGUUCUUCAUUCAUCGUAUUUUGCGAAAUGGAGACGAACUUGUGGGAGUGGGACCACUGGGUCGAAGCAGCACUCUCAAAGCUUCAAAUUUAAAAAGUGCUUCGCUUUCUAAGGCCCAUUUAAUGAACUACAGAAAGAACAAUCUCCAGUCUCCACCCAUCGAAGAACGUGACGAUGAUUACGAGGGGUUCGAUGAAAUGCAACCCUAGGAUCGAUCUGCCGUUGAAAUAUCAAUCUCUGACUCCACCUUUCACAGAUGGCUCCAUGACAUUCCUAGUUCUGGAGAUGAGAUUGUCUCUAGAGAUGGAGUAGCUAAUGGUAAAACCACCACAUGCUCUAGGCAGUUCAAGAAGCUACUUCUGUUAGAUCUCCUAAUAAGAUUGUAAACUUCAUAUACAUGGCUGACACCAUUUAUGAGUGUAUACCUUGGAUAUUUUGCAUCUGGUCUACGAAACCUUACUACUCUGUGGUUCACUGUCCUCUGAGUGACUUCAACGAGUCUUUUGGAAAUAUUUGCUAGCUUGUUUAGUUUGGAUGGAGACUUUGCACCAAUGGUUGAACUCGUGAAGCUUCGGAAGAAGUAUGGCUUUUUGUUAGUCUUAGAUGAUGCUCAUGGAACAUUUUUCCGUGGCAAAAGUGGUGGGGGAGUGGCCGAGGAAUUCAAUUGCGAAAGAGAUAUAGACAUAUGCAUUGGCACUCUGAGUAAGGCGGCAGGUUAUCAUGGUGGUUUCAUAUCAUGCAGGCCUACGACAAGCAAAAGGAGGAAGCAGUUCAUACAAUCUAGGGGUCGUUCUUUUAUAUUUUCAACUUCUGCAUCAAUUCUCAUUGCUGCUGCAGUACAUGUUUUGCCACUAUAUGUGAGUUCCCAUGACAGAGAGCUGAACAGUUAUUCCAAAUUGAGUUUGGUUCGGGGGCAGGAAAUGUUGCAUGAAGAGUCUGUUUGUGGUUCAAUUGUCCCCUUACAAAAUGGGAGUGAAGAGAAGGCCCUCCUAGCUAGCAGGCAUCUCUUAGAAUCUGGUUUCCAUGUGACUACAAUCAGACUGCCAACAAUACCUUCCAACUCAUGCAGAUUACAAGUAACUCUAACUGCAGUGCAUACUACAGAUGUAUAA